ACCUGAAGGAGCGCAGGUCAUGUGACUAAGCAUGGAGGCGUCGGCGACGAGAAGCGUCAUUCGGUGAAAACAUUGAGGGCUACGCUCGAUCUUGAACGAUCACACAAUAAACGGAAACGGCAACUUGCGCCGGUCUUGUGUUCAAUAUUUCGCACAUCGCUGUGAAAUGAGGUCAAUAUGGGGGCCAAAGAGUCAAGGAUAGGUUUCCUCUCGUAUGACGAGGCCAUAAAGAGAGUGACGGACGUGGAGCUGAGGCGGCUGAAGGAUGCCUUUAAGCGGACCAGCGGCCUCUCCUGCUACAUGACCCAGCAGUGCUUCUACAGGGAGGUGCUGGGGGACGCCGUGCCCCCCAAAGUCGCUGAGGUCAUCUACAGCUCGUUCGGCGGCACGGCAAAGGGCCUGCACUUUAAUAACCUCAUCGUGGGACUUGUGCUGCUGACCCGGGGCCGAGAUGAGGAGAAAGCCAAGUACAUCUUCAGCCUGUUCGCCAGCGAGUCGGGCAGCUACGCCACGCGGGAGGACAUGGAGAGCACGCUGCACGGCGUGGACGGGGAAGUCCCGCCCUCUCUCAGGAAGUGCUUCACCGAGGGAGAGAAGGUUAAUUACGAGAAGUUUAAGAACUGGCUCCUGCAGAACAAAGAGGCCUUCACCUUCUCCCGCUGGCUCCUGUCCGGAGGGGUGUGCGUCACGCUGACCGACGACAGCGACACGCCCACUUUCUACCAGACCCUGGCCGGGGUCACGCACUUAGAAGAAUCGGACAUCAUCGACUUGGAGAAGCGCUAUUGGCUGCUGAAGGCUCAGUCGGGGACGGGCCGCUUUGACUUGGAGACGUUCGUCCCCCUGGUGUCUCCCCCCAUUCACACGUCCCUGAGCGAAGGUCUGUUCCACGCCUUUGAUGAGAACCGGGACAAUCACAUCGACUUUAAGGAGAUCUCCUGCGGGCUGUCGGCCAGCUGCCGCGGGCCCGUCGCCGAGCGACAGAAGUUUUGUUUCAAAGUGUUUGAUGUGGACCGCGAUGGGGCUCUCUCUCGGACGGAGAUUCGGGACAUGGUCGUGGCGCUGCUGGAGGUCUGGAAAGACAACCGAACAGACUCCCUUCCUGAACUGCAUGCCAGUGUGUCAGACAUUGUGGAUGACAUUCUGAAGAUGCAUGACACCACCAAGCUGGGGCACUUAACUCUGGAGGAUUACCAGAUCUGGAGUGUACAGAGUGCUCUUGCCAAUGAGUUUCUCAAUCUGCUCUUUCAGGUGUGUCACAUCGUCCUGGGGUUGCGGCCAGCCACGCCCGAGGAGGAGGGGCAGAUUAUCAGGGGUUGGCUGGAGAGGGAGAGCAGGCAUGGUCUCCAGCCGGGGCAGAACUGGUUCCUCAUCUCCAUGCAGUGGUGGCAGCAGUGGAAGGACUACGUCCGAUACGAUAACCGGCCCGUCGUGGGGGACCAGCCGCCCGUCCUCGGCGCCGGGCGGGGCCAGCAUUGGAGGACGACCGUGACCCCGACAUCGGACCGGGUCGGCCUCCCCAACUCCUACAGCGCGUCGGAGGAGAAGCUCUGCGACAGCAUCUCCAGCUCGUCAGAGGCCUCCGAGAACAACAGCAGUCAGAACGGGCCCAGUUCUCCAGUGACAGACUGCUUCCCGCGGUCGCACACACACAGCUCCGACAGCCAGUGCUUCUCCGGGCCCAACGGGAACAUCCUGCCCCUGCUGGCAGCGCAGAGGCCGGGGGCCAUCGACAACCAGCCCCUGGUCACCCCGGAGCCCAUGAAGGCCCCCACGUUGACCAUGGAGGGCGGGAGACUCAGGCGAACCCAGAACCUUCUCCCGGCCCGGGACUUUGAGACGGUGCCAGAGCCAGUGUGGAGGGCGCUGUAUCACUGGUACGGGGCCAACCUGAGCCUGCCCCGCCCGGUGAUCAGGCAGACUAAGACGGGUACCCCCGAGCUGGAGCUGUUUCCCCGCUACCUGCUGUUCCUACGGCAACAGCCGGCCUCCCGCACCCCCCAGUCCAACAUCUGGGUGAAUAUGGGUAUGACCAGCCUGAGAAUGUUCCCUCACCAUUUACCCAGAGGCAACGUCCCGUCCCCUAACGCGCCGCUGAAGCGGGUGCUGGCCUACACCGGCUGCUUCAGCAGGAUGGCCACCAUCAAGGACAUCCACGAGUACCUGUCCCAGCGGCUGCGCAUCAAGGAGGAGGACAUGCGGCUGUGGCUCUACAACGGAGAGAAUUACCUGACCCUGCUGGACGACGAGGACCACACGCUGGAAAGCCUGAAGAUUCAGGACGAGCAGCAUUUGGUGAUAGAAGUUCGAAAUAAAGACAUGAGCUGGCCGGAAGAGAUGUGCUUCAUCGCGAACAAAAUGGACCGACACAAAGUCCCCACAGAGAAGGGAGCCACCGGACUCAGCAACCUGGGGAACACCUGCUUCAUGAACUCCAGCAUCCAGUGCGUCAGCAACACCAAGCCUCUGACCGAGUACUUCAUCUCAGGGAGACACCUGUUCGAGCUCAACAGGACCAAUCCCAUCGGCAUGCGAGGUCACAUGGCCAAGUGCUACGGCGACCUGGUGCAGGAGCUGUGGAGCGGCACGCAGAAAAACAUCGCCCCCCUGAAGCUCAGGUGGACGAUAGCGAAGUACGCGCCGCGGUUCAACGGCUUCCAGCAGCAGGACUCCCAGGAGCUGCUGGCAUUCCUGCUGGACGGCCUCCAUGAGGACCUCAACCGCGUCCACGAGAAGCCCUACGUGGAGCUGAAGGACAGCGACGGCCGGCCCGACUGGGAAGUGGCUUCGGAGGCUUGGGAUAACCACCUGAGGAGGAACCGCUCCAUCGUGGUGGACCUGUUCCACGGGCAGCUCAAGUCCCAGGUGAAGUGCAAGACCUGCGGACACAUCAGCGCGCGCUUCGACCCCUUCAACUUCCUGUCCCUGCCCCUGCCCAUGGACAGCUCCAUGCACCUGGAGAUCACAGUGAUUAAGCUGGACGGCUCCACGCCGGUCCGGUUCGGGCUGCGGCUGAACAUGGAUGAGAAGUACACGGGCCUGAAGAGGCAGCUGAGCGAGCUCUGCGGCCUGAAGCCCGAGCAGAUCCUCCUGGCCGAGGUGCACUCUUCCAACAUCAAGAACUUUCCACUGGACAACCAGAAAGUGCGUCUCUCGGUGAACGGGUUUCUCUGCGCGUUCGAGAUCCCUGUGCCAGGGUCGCCCACGUCGGUCACCUCUCCCACGCAGACUGAUGCCCCAGCGUUGGCGAACGGGACGGCGGGCAUCGCCGCCAACGGGACGGCGGCGCGGCCCAGCCUGAUACCCAACGGGGUGCCAAACACGGGGGUGCCCUGCGGGCCCGAGCGCAGCCUCGCCAACGGCCUCCCCAACGGCCACGUGCUGCCCACCCAGGACAACCCCUUCAUUGGCUACAUCAUCGCCAUGCACAGGAAGAUGAUGCGCACGGAGCUCUACUUCCUGUCCUCGCAGAAGAACCGGCCGAGUCUGUUCGGCAUGCCGCUGAUCGUGCCCUGCACGGUGAACACGCGCAAGCGGGACCUGUACGACGCCGUGUGGAUCCAGGUGUCCCGCCUGGCCAGCCCCCUGCCCCCCCAGGAGGCCAGCAACCACGCCCAGGACUGUGAUGACAGCCUGGGGUACCAGUACCCCUUUACGCUGCGUGUGGUGCAGAAGGAUGGAAACUCCUGCGCCUGGUGCCCCUGGUACAGGUUCUGCAGGGGCUGCACUGUGGACUGCGACGAGGACAGGGCUGCUCUGGGAAACGCCUACAUCGCUGUGGACUGGGACCCCACCGCCCUGCACCUGCGAUACCAAACCUCCCAGGAGAGGAUAGUGGAGGAGCACUGCAGCGUGGAGCAGAGUCGCCGGGCGCAGGCCGAGCCCAUCAGCCUGGACAGCUGCCUGCGGGCCUUCACCAGCGAGGAGGAGCUGGGCGAGGACGAGCUGUACUACUGCUCCAAGUGCCACGCCCACCGCCUGGCCACCAAGAAGCUGGACCUGUGGAGGCUGCCGCCCAUCCUGAUCGUUCAUCUGAAGCGCUUCCAGUUCGUGAACGGGCGCUGGAUCAAGUCUCAGAAGAUCGUGAAGUUCCCGCGGGAGAAGUUCGACCCCAGCGCCUUCCUCGCCCCUCGGGAGGCGGAGCGAGGCCAGCCCAGUCUGGGGGAGGAGCCACUGAAGCUGGUGGGCGGAGACGCCGGGAGCACCGCCCCCCUCAUUUCUGUGCCCAGCAACGUGAAAGGCUUAGGGAAGAAGUCCAGCAGGACCAGCAGCCCUUGCGGCAGCCCCCGUGGCGGGGCGCGGAAGCAGGGCCGCCUGCGCCUGCCCCAGCUGGGCAGCCGGCACCGCCUGUCCAACAGCAAAGAGAGCCUGGACUGCGGCCGCGACGGCGGCAGCGGCGUCGCCACGGAGACCGAGCAGGGCGGGGCCCAGGACGGGGCCUGGCCACCGGAGCCCUCCGGCACCGACUGUGACGUCAUAAUGGUGAACGGGCUGGGGCCCGACGGUGGCCAGAGCAACGGCCACCCGGAGCCCGGCCUGGAGCUGGACCCCGCCCACCACCACAGAGACGACAUCUGCCUGGACCCCAUAUACAACCUAUAUGCAAUUUCAUGCCAUUCGGGGAUUUUGGGAGGAGGCCACUACGUUACAUAUGCAAAAAACCCCAAUGAGAAAUGGUACUGUUACAACGACAGCAGCUGCAAGGAAGUCCACUCAGAGGAGAUUGACACAGACUCCGCCUACAUCCUGUUCUACGAGCAGCAGGGCGUGGACUACUCCCAGUUUCUGCCGAGGACGGACGGCAAAAAGAUGGCCGACACCAGUAGCAUGGACGAGGACUUUGAGUCCGACUACAGGAAGUACUGCGUGCUGCAGUGACGAGACGCUCUUCCUGCCCUCCGCCCCGCCCCGCCCCGCCCCGCCCGCCCCGCCCGCUCUCCGCACCGGAUGUUCGCCGUGACGCCCGGGCGCACAGCUGUGGAACACAAGCACAAAGCGGGACGGCGGGAUAGCGGGAGAGAGCGCUCCUCCGCUGCGGCUGCUGUUUUCUGGAAGGCGGUACUCCUGCACCGCUCUGGGCGCCUCUCUCUCUCUCUCUCUCUCUCUCUCUCGGAGACGGGACGACGAGGCUUUGCGUUGCGGUUGCCAAAUCGAACAAAUGACCCCCCCCCCCUCACUAAGAGCACUAACUGGAGUGAGGCCAGCGUAGGCAUCAGCCCGACUCUACUGAUCUGAAAAAGCCGCCACAGUGCUUGCCUGAAAGCGCAUGGCGUAGUGGUGCGCGCAGUAUGAGAUGCGUGCAUACUGACAUUCAUACAUACAGUACUUACAUGCAUAUUUGUUGUACUAGGAUGCAUACAAACACAGCACUAACAUGCAUACAUGUACGGCACUGACAUCCACAUACGCAGUACUGACAUGCACAUACGCAGCACUAACAUGCAUACAUGUACAGCACUGACAUGCACAUACGCAGUACUGACAUGCAUACGUGUUCAGCGCUGACAUGCACAUACGCAGUACUGACAUGCAUACGUGUACAGCGCUGACAUGCACAUACGCAGUACUGACAUGCAUACGUGUACAGUACUGACAUGCACAUACACAGUAUUGACAUGCAUAUAUGCAGUACUGACCUUCACUCUGCCACCAUAUUUCUGGAUGAGCUCAUUUGCCACACUUUGAUGUCAAAGACGUUUUUUUUUCCUGCAGGCUGGGUGCCUGCGGCUAUUUGAAUGUGUCCAAAAAACCCUGGCCAUGUCUGCUAUGAGGUGUCUGUCAGUCAAUUUGAUAGACAGUCAGAUAAACUGAAAACGAUCACACGAUCAAAAGGCUCAAAGAGCUAAACGAUGUUGUGUGAUGCUGUCAGUAGAAAACCUCAUACGCUACCUCAGUUCAUUUCUGUUGUUGUUGCUCGUGGCAAUGGUAACGUUCCGAAAUUCGAAGCGCAACUCCGCUUGACAGUGUUACCGUUUCGUAUUCUACCCGAAAUAUUUGCCCUUAUUGCCCCACACGCUUCCCUCUUGCCCUGCCCAGGGGUAUGUCAGUAUGUGUCAGCUUCACUAAUGAAAUGAACGCAUCUGUGUGAACGAGAGGUUCAUAGAUUUUAACUCAGCAACUGCCAAAAACCGGGGGCAUUUUUACGCCUGAAACUGGACACCGUAUCACGUGUAUUUGUAGCAUUGAGCAAACCGGGUAUGCGUUUUAUCGUCUUUUUUUUUUUUAAUUGAAAGUUUAAGUUAUCGUUCGGUUUGUUGUCAUGAUUGGUGCCAUACGGAAUGUUUCAAAAAUAUGGAGACCGUUAAAAGUAUAUAUAUUUUAUUAGCUCAUUUCUUCCCCUUUGUAUUUAUUUUUAUAGCUAUUUGUUAGGUUGUCGUGUACGGGAUUUGUCUGAAAGCACCCGUAAUUAUCUUCCAUUACACAAUGACCCGUGUCACAAAACAGCCAUUUUUUUUACACCCUUUGUUGAAAAUCCACUGUCGUCAUCUCAGCUAUGAUUAGAACCUAAUAACCCCAUCAAAAUGAUAAUUUAUACAUUAAUAUGACAUCCCAAAGGCUUUAUGACUGAUGUUUUCAUAAUCAGAUUUUCAGAGAAGAUGAUCUGUUUGAAAAAAAAAAAAAAAAAAAAAUUAUAAUUACAAAAACUGAAUUAAAUUUUUUUUUUGAAAUUGACAUUUAAUGCAGAUCAGCUUUUCUGAUGAACGUGGUGUUUGUUAUGUUGAGCUAAUGGAAAAGCUCACCUUGUCAAGCCAAAGUAUUUUUCCGCAGAAUCUCGGCAGCGAGUGUUUGUGUGCUUUAGAGACGCGUGAGUGCGGUACGUGAGGAAGCGUGUUGUGAGAUGAACUGUGUUUUCCAUUAGCUUAGCUUCAUUACCCUAAAUACUGUGUCCAGCUGCUGCGCAUCGCGCGCGAACAUCGCCCCCGCGCCCGCGAACCACUGUGUGGGGCGGGGCUCGUGAAAGGCUCUGCCGGCUUUUAAUUGGAGCAGAGCCGUCCAAUCCUGGACCCGGAGAUCGGUCUGGAGGGUUUUAGGGGGGAUGCCCGUCGACCAGCAACCGAUAGCCACCUGGAGAAAGAGGGUUAUUAAAUUUCCCAUCCGGCCGGCGGCUGAGCUGUUGGAAGUGGGGACCUUUGAGCGGAGAGCAAGGACUGAGCGUGUGCGCUGCGAGCAGUACUGAGCGACUGAAUCCCCCUCCGCCGCGGUUCGACGCGUCCCCUCGCACAGUAACGUGUUCGCAGAGCGGUCGGGCAGAAGUGGAUUGUGGGUAGGAGGGGUGCUCUCCCGCGCUGGACGCCGUGUGGGAGCCCUGCAGGGGGCGGGGCUAGCCCGACGCUGCCAGACCGCUUACCCGCUCACCUGCCUACCUGCAGCGUACAGCGACCUCGUCGCCCGAAUUAAACACCAGUUCACUUAAACUAACUCGCUUCGGAGUGAAACCACUGAAUGUAGAAAAAAGUCAAACCUAAAAUGAAAAGUAUUAAAGGACGUGGAAAGGGAAGAAGACGAGAAGCGGAGCCGUGUGGAGUACAAACUACCCCCCCCCCCCCACACACACCUUCACCCCCGUCAUUAGGGGGCGAUGGCUGUGUGGGAUCGUUACCUGUGGGCGUGUCUCCCGUUAACGUCACCUGCACAGGAAGCGACCGCCGCCAGUCUUAUGACCUCGUGUACCGGCGAGAACCCAGACGGCUUUCGCUUUAGUUUUAAAACACUCGUUUGAAGCGUUUAUCCUGUUAAUACAAGGAAUACACUGGCACUUUCAGCCAGACCCCCCGGGUGUGUUGUCAGGUAGUGCGAUGUACUACUGAGCUGUUUGUCUUUUUUUUGUCCGUUUUGCUGUAAACUUUUUUCCUUUUUUUGUUAAAUUAAUUCUGAGAUGUAUUAAUUUAAUCAACUUUAUUUUGUAAAGUGUCUAAAGAGUAAAAAUGACAUUGCACUGACAGAAAAAAAAAUGUACAUAAAGUGUUUUGUAAAUAAAAUGACGUAUCGAGAAAUGAACUGUAAAAAUGCACUUGUAGCUGUAAAUUGAGUGAUUCUGUUUAUCUGUAACAAUUAUUCAAGCAACAAAUGAAAAUGAGGCAGAUGCAAUUAAACCCCUUCUCCAGCA